AUGGCUCACAAUCUACCUAAACAAAAACUUUGUAUGAUUUCUAAACGAAUUUUAGCGGCAAAAUUUUGCCAAAAAGCUGCUUCAUUAUGCGAACUUAUGGUCUGUGACUUUAAAGACGGUACUUUUUUUGAUAGUUGGACAUGUAUAUCCGAUGGAGUCAUUGGUGGUAAAUCCACGGUAGAACUGAAACGCUCCGAAAAUGGCCAUGCAAUGUGUUGUGGUUAUCUCUCCACAGAGCUCCCUGAUAAAGUCACAAAACAUAGUGGGUUUUGUACAAUUCGCACUAAACCAAAAAAGAAUCGUUGGGGGAUAAUUAUGAACACUGAUGUGACAUCUUAUGAUGUGUUGCAACUUCGGUUACGUGGAGAUGGGAGAACUUAUGUGGUUAGCUUGCAACCACCAGGUUUUAAUACAGAUGAUAUGUACCAAGCUUUUGUUUACACUAAAGGUGGUCCCUUUUGGGAGGAAAUCACAAUCCCAUUCACAAAGUUUCUUUUCACAACUGCUGGUUAUUUGCAAGAUAGACAGCCAAAAUUCCAUUGUUUUAAAACAGUUGGAAUAUCCAUAAUGGAUCGAAUUGAUGGACCCUUUUGUCUGGAGCUUGAUUAUAUAAAGCUUAGGGAAACUUUUUAUCAACCAAAAUAUUUUAUUGAACAUGCUGAAGGGGAAUUAGUUUAUUGAUUUGCUUUAGCUAUCUUUGUGUUUGAUCUGAGAGACAAAUUUUAUAUUAUUCUCUUCAAAUAAAACUUUUGAUUUGUGUUAA